AUGGACGCCGCGCAGCUCGACGAGUGCGUCGCGCGCAUCGCGGAGCGACGGCCGGACCUGACGCGGUUCUCGAACGCGGAGGUGUGCGUGAAGUGGGACGAGUGCCUCGGCGAGGGCGGGUUCUGCACCGCGUAUCGCGCGGAGUGGAACGGUCGAGACGUCUGCGCGAGAGUCGUGGACACGGACAGGGUCUCCACCGCGGUGUCCGAGGUCGCGACCGUGGAGGGUGCGUCCUUCCCCCCGCGCUCGAUGGCCCCCGAUGUCAUCAACGCGUUCGGCUGGCUCCCCGCGAUCGCCGCGCGCGUGUACGGGUACACCACGGAACAUCGGCCGCCGUCCGCGGAUGAAGAAGCCGCGGAUGAUGACGCCGCGGACGACGCCGCGAAGAAAGACUCGUGCGUCAAACGCCAUCGCGGCUGCCUCGCGGUCAUCACCGAGCUGUGCCCGCACGGGAACCUCGAGGACUUCAUGGUCGCCGAGGGCGCGCCGCUGUCGCCCGCGGUGAAGCUCGACGUCAUGCUGCAAGUCGCGGAGGGCCUGGAGCGACUCAAGAGCGCGCGCGUCGUGUGGAGAGACCUCAAGGCGAAAAAUCUCCUCGUUCGAGACGCCAAACGCGGCCGCACGGGCGAAGUCGUCAAGCUGACCGUCGCGUUCACCGACUGGGGCACCGCGGUGAAACUCCCGGAGGAGGGCAAGCGCCGGAUGACGCUCCACGGGCCGGGCACCGCGGGGUACAUCGCCCCGGACACGCGAGGGCCGACGUACGACUACGGCGCGGACAUGUGGGCGUUCCUCGUGUGGGCCGCGUCCAUGUGCCUGAGAGUGGAGUGCGUCGUGGACUGUCAGCUCGAGGAAGCCAUCGCGGAGUUGAAGCUCGAGAAGAAGCUCGCCGCGACGGCGGGGCACGAGGAGAAAGUGGACGGCGUCCUGCGCGCGUUUGAGGCGGACGGCAAGAUCGAGGACGGCUGCGAGGCGACGUACGAACUGCUGCGCACGGCGGCGCCGUGGGUGGACGCCGCGCUCCGCUGGACGACGGAGGAGGCUGUCGAGGAGCUCACCGCGUUUCGCGGCGAUCACGGUCUCGUGAUCGACGUCAGCGCGGUGCAGGAGAGACGGUGCUCGACGCUGCACGCGGCGCGGCCGGCGCCGCCGCCGCGCGAGGAGUUGCCGUCGGCGUCGAUCGAUCAGGACGCGAUGGACGCGCCGGCGACGACGACGCGUCGGCUCGGGCUCGCCGCGGAGUCGCUCCGAGGGCGGAGCGCGGGCGUUGGGCUCGUCGCGCCGACGCCCGGACGGCGCGUGAACGGUGCUGACGUGGACGUGGACGAUGACGACGACGUGGACGACGAAGACCCGGCGGUGCGCGCGGUCAAGGGCGGCACCGCGCCGGCGCCGGCGCCGACGCCGAGGGCUCCCGAUCCGUACGACUUCGACGCGUCUUUCGGCGACGACGCGGACGUCACGGGGACGGACCUCGAGGUCGACGAAGAUGAUGACGUGGACGACGAUGUGGACGUGGACGACUACAUGGACGAAGAAGACGCCGACGUGGAAGAUGACGUGGACGCGGACGAGGAUCCGUACGACUCCGAGGAGGAGAUUGACGCCAACGCCGCGCGCGCGGCGGCCAACGCCGCCGCCGCCAAGGUGGCGGGCGCGUGGACGGGCAAGCGCGUGAGGAAGUGGUUCGCGCUCGUGGGCGACGACACGCCGUCGCCGCCGCCGCGGAAGCGCGGCAGGGGACGCCCCGCGGCGAAGAAAAAGAACCAGCGACGCCGAGGGGACUGGUACGAGGGCGUCGUCGUGGAGACGCGGGCGGUGAAGAACUACGACCUCGGCGCGUACGAAACCUGCGCGUUCGUGCGGUACGACGACGGCGACGAGGAGGAUCUCGUGUUGAGCGAGUGCGCGAAGUGGCUCGUCGACGACGACGCCGCGACGCGCGAGGGCGGCGGCGGCGGCGCGAGGACGGCGGCGGCGAAGAAGGGAAAGAAGAAAUCAAAGACGGAGAAGAAACCGACGAGCGCCGCGGGGAGCCGCCGCGCCGCGCUCGGGUCGCUGUCCUCGAACGACGUCGCCGCGAGGAACGCCGCGACGACGCAUCAGAAGCGGUACCCGUGGGAGGAAGACCAAGACAACGACCAAGACCAAGACGACGCGCAGGAGAACACCCCGAAGACGCCCGCGGCGAAGGCGAAGAGCCGCCUGGGCGCCGCCGCGGAUUACGCCACGGCGGCCAAGGCGGUUGUCAAAUCGCUCAGCGCGCAAAAAAAUGCGCGCGCGACGCGAGGAGGAAAGCGCACUACUAAUACCGGCGUCGUCUUGCCGUCGACGUACUGCGGGAAGGGACGCACGCCGCCGCUCUUCGCGAUCAACGCGGUCGAGCUCGACGGCAUCGAGCUCGGGUGCUCGAAGUGCCGGUACGCUCGGUACGGCUGCCUGGUGUGUCGAGCGAAGGCGGGCGUGACGGAGACGUUGGCGUUGCCGGCGCCGGGCGCGGGCGGACGCGACGCCGACGCCGGCGCCGGCGCCGGCGCCGGGGGGAAGAGGAAAGCCGCGGCGGCGCCCGCGGCGGCGGCCACCUCGAAGCGACCGAAGACGUCCGCCGCCGCGCGCGCGCCGAAGACGCCGAAGACGCCGAAGUCAACGCGGAAGCUGAAGCCGUCGUCCAGGACGAGGGGCGGCGCGGCGAAGUCGAAGGCGCUUCGCGUCUCUCCGCCGAAAUCCGCCGGCUCUGGGUUCAAAUCGAAAGCCGCGCCGAGCGAAUCCCUCGCCGUCGCGCUCGCGUUGUUCCAAGUCGACGUCGCCGGCGUCCGCACGAAGGAAGACCUCGCGUCUCGCCUCCCGCACGGCGUCGAGCUCGGGUGCUCCAAGUGCCGACACGGCUGGCGCGGCUGCGGCGCGUGUCGCGAACGAGCCGGCGUGUGGCUCCCGCCCGCGGCGAGCUGGGUGCGGAGAUACGAGGGGUAUCAUCACCGCGAGGGCGAGGAGGCGCGCUUCGCGGACGCGUCGAUCGCGUCGGGAGCGUUGGCGUUGCCCGCGCCGGGGGACGCGCCGGUUCGCGCGUGAGGGUUGGUCGGGGGGUCGAGGGAAGGGGAGGGCGGCGACGAGACGAAGGACGGACGGACGGAGGGAAGGAAGGAAGCGCGUCGCGAUGAGAUGUUGAAUCGAGACAAACGUCGUCUUCUGC